UCGGGAAAGAGAAAGAUGAUGAAAAACUGAAAAAGCUUCGAGGGAAGAAGAAGAGAGUGGAAUUGGCGCGAGCGCCAACUGAAUCUUCUCAUCAAAACUUCCUUUGCACUUUGCAGUUUUGGCGCCUCCAUGGAAAGUGGAGAAGACAAACCGAAUCUGAAGCUCUACUCUUACUGGAGAAGUUCUUGCUCGUUUCGUGUCAGAAUCGCCCUCAGCUUGAAAGGGCUUAAGUAUGAGUACAGAGCGGUGAACAUAGUGAAGGGAGAGCAACGUAAUCCAGAGUUUUUGAAACUGAAUCCAAUUGGGUUUGUGCCGGUGCUGUUGGAUGGGGAUAUGGUGUUGGCUGACUCUUUUGCCAUCUUAUUGUAUUUGGAUGAGAAGUACCCUCAACGUCCUCUUUUGCCGACCGAUCUUCGUAGAAAAGCCAUAAAUUUGCAGGUUGCAAACAUUGUUUCGUCAAGCAUACAACCUUUACAAAAUCUAGAAACACUGAAAUCUAUUGAAGAAAAAGCCGGUCCUCAAGAGGCACUUGAUUGGAUUAGAUCUCAUAUUGGAAAAGGCUAUGAAGCGCUUGAAAAACUGCUGAAAGACUAUGCUGGAAGAUAUGCAACUGGAGAUGAAGUGUUCCUGGCGGAUUUAUUCUUGGCACCUCAGAUAUAUUCUUCUCUUAAAAGAUUCAACAUUGACAUGGCAAAUUUCCCUCUUUUGUCCAGGCUGAAUGAGGCAUACAGUCAGCUACCAGCGUUUCAAGAUGCUAUGCCAGAAAAGCAGCCAGAUAAUCCUUCAAGCACCGGUUAGAUAGAUGCAUUUGGAAAAUUUGCAAAAAGUUGAAAAGACGAGAUUGUCUUGAUUUGAACUAACCGGAUAAGAAGAGUGCUACUGCUAAGUAUUUAUUUGCAGACGAAUGCAAAAGAUUUGUGUUGAUUAUCUGUCAAAUUCUGUGUGUUUGUCCGUAGUAUUGUCUUUCUUAUCCCAAUAUGAAUAUGUUGCUUAAAGUGGUUUGAACAGAUGAAAGCUAUAUGUGUACAUGUUGAUUGUAUGUGUGAUGCAGAACAAGCUUUUGACAUGAGGAAUUUGCAUUCAGUAGUUAUCUAUUAAGACAUGUUUUAUUAUUAAUAUUA